AUGGCUGAGUUUGGCGCCGCAGCUUCCUUUCUGCGUAAAUCAGACAAGGAGCGUAUGGAAUGCCAGACUAGACCCUUUGACAUAAAGAGAGAGUGCUAUGUGCCUGACCCUGAGGUUGAGUACAUCAAGGCCACAAUCACCAGCAGAGAUGGGGCUAAAGUCACUGCUGAGACUGAGUUUGGAAAGGUAAUUAUUUUGUUGAAAAGCAUUUCUGAAAAUAAAUGACCUGGAAAAUCAUAAGAUAAUACAUGUUUAUACUAGGAUAACUCUAUGAUUGAUGAAAAAUGUGUUAUAAACUUAAUUGAGUUAUGCGCUUUACUGAUUACUAUUAAAAAAAAUAUCCCAAGAGACGACAAAAAUAAGAAUCCUAACUUGAGAGCUCUAAUGUUAAUGUAAAUCAGGCAUUACAUGUAAAUGGGUGAUUUGUGAAAAUUCUAUGUUGUGUGUCAUCUCAAAUUAGGAUGAGAACACCUCUGCACCUUGAAAAUGAAACAAUACCAUUUAAUUUGCUCGUCUUUCAGACUAUUACUGUGAAGGAGGACGACGUCCACCCCCAGAACCCGCCAAAGUUUGAUAAAAUUGAGGACAUGGCGAUGUUCACCUUCCUGCAUGAGCCCGCUGUGCUGUUUAACCUCAAAGAGCGUUACGCAGCCUGGAUGAUCUACGUAAGUAAUGACCUGUCUGCUAAUAUCUCCAUUAAAUCAAACCUUCAUUCAAUGAAUGAAACUAAAUCUGCGGCAUUCCCUCUCGUCUUCCACAGACCUACUCAGGGCUGUUCUGUGUCACUGUCAACCCAUACAAAUGGCUGCCAGUGUACGAUCAGUCUGUUGUCAAUGCAUACAGAGGCAAGAAGAGGAGUGAAGCUCCACCUCACAUCUUCUCCAUCUCUGACAAUGCCUACCAGUACAUGUUGUCUGGUAAAAUAUAACUUUUCCUUUUCAUCUACAGAAAUCAAAUGAUAUUUGGAUAAUUACACAUUUACUGAUACUUCUCUUUCAACAGACAGGGAAAAUCAGUCUGUCCUUAUCACGUAAGUACAUCAACCAAAGGUUAUAUUCAUUUGAGAGGAUUUCACAUUAAGAGGAAUUCUGAUACGUCAACAUUUGUAUUUUCAAUCCCAGUGGAGAAUCCGGUGCUGGAAAGACUGUUAACACCAAGAGAGUCAUCCAGUACUUCGCCAGCAUUGCUGCUGUUAGUGGAAAGAAAAGUGCAGCAGAAGAAAAAAAGGUCAAAUAGAAUGCAAAUGUUCAUUAUUAUCGAUCCUAAAUUAAACAUUCUUCAUGGCUGGAUGGGCAUAUGUUGACAAAAUCAGUACAGAUUUUUAUUGCAUCAUUUUAACACUAUAUGGUUGUUGGCUUGCAGGGGACCCUGGAGGAUCAAAUCAUCCAGGCCAAUCCUGCCCUGGAGGCUUUUGGUAAUGCCAAGACUAUCAGGAAUGACAACUCCUCCCGAUUCGUAAGUUUGGUCUUGUUUGUUUGUCAAAUAUCAUUCAAAUCUUAUGUUAUCUUCUGGAUUUGAAUUGUAUCCCCAUUAGUUGAUGUCAUGACGUUAGCCAAUUUUCCUCAGGUCCAUCAGCUAAUCUUCUCUUUUGGGACUGUCUGUGCACCAGACCUGGGUUUAAAAAGUAUUUGUUUAAUUUCAAAUACUUUCAGUGUUUGAUUGAGCCUACCAGAUAGGUGGGAUUUAAACUUUUAGGAAUAUUCCAUCAGUUCCAUUACACCAUGCAAGCUCAAUCAAGCGCACCUAAGGUAUUCAAAAAGAAAACAAAUACUACUUGAACCCAGAUCUCGUGUGCUCAUUAAUUUAUGCUAUGACAAUCAUUUACAGGGUAAAUUCAUCCGCAUUCAUUUUGGAGUCAGUGGGAAGCUUUCGUCUGCUGACAUUGAGACUUGUGAGUACAAUACUCAAUUUGCCCAGGUUUGAACAGAUCUCUUUGACAGGAAACACAUUAAUACCAAAAGCACUUUCCAUACUGAUCAGAUCUUCUGGAGAAGUCACGUGUAACUUUCCAGCUCAAGGCUGAGAGAGACUAUCACAUCUUCUACCAGAUCCUGUCCCAAAAGAAACCAGAACUGCUGGGUGAGUAUUGAAUCAUCAAACUGAGUAGGGUUGAGGUCAAUUCUGGAUUAAACUAAAGAUUUCUGAUGAAAUCAAAUUAAUUUCUUAUGAUGUAACCAGCCGCGUAGCGUUAUUUAUGUUGUAAUGUUUACUUUUUUCAUGAGACAAUUGAAAUGAUUUAAAUUCCAUGAAAGUACGCAACACUGAAAUUGGAUGCACACAAAUCAAUCUCCAGCUGCAGUUUUUCGAAACUUGAUUAGGACUAAUUUGCCUUCCUGUCUACUUAUAAUAUAACACAAUGCCAAUUUUCUAAUUUUCUAAUUGACCCCAACCCUAAUACUGAGUAGAUUAUGUUAUGAGCUAUACCACAGCAUGAACACAAAUUAAACUGUGCUGUUCAAUUCUUUUCAGAGAUGCUACUCAUCACCAGCAAUCCCUAUGACUAUGCCUUCAUCUCCCAAGGAGAGAUUGCUGUAACUUCCAUUAAUGAUGCAGAUGAGCUAAUGGCUACUGAUGUGAGUAAAAUAUGUACAUACUGUACUUACGAUAAUAUUCCACUUGUAUCCAACUCUUUCUCCAAUACAAAACAAUGGCCUUUUUGGAACUAGGAUGCUUUUGAUGUGCUGGGCUUCUCCCAAGAGGAGAAGAAUGGCAUUUAUAAGCUGACUGGUGCCAUCAUGCACUACGGCAACCUGAAGUUCAAGAAUAAGCAGCGGGAGGAGCAAGCAGAGGCAGAUGGCACUGAGGGUGAGUGCUGAGGAUUUAAAACCUCUCACUUCAUCAUAAAGUAGUAUCUGACAAAUCUGAAAAUCAAAAAUCAGUCAGAGUGCCUUCCAAUCACAAAACUUUUCCUUUCCAGAUAUUGACAAAGCUGCAUAUCUGAUGGGCCUGAACUCUGCUGACCUAGUCAAGGGGCUGUGUCACCCAAGGGUCAAAGUAGGAAAUGAGUGGGUCACCAAAGGUCAGAAUGUCGACCAGGUGAGUCUCAAAAUUGUUUUACAUUUCAAUGAGCUAAUAAUAUUUUGCAUAACACUUCUGUAUAGGGUUGCUAAUAUUUACAUACCUGUAAUUCCCGCAUUUAUGUUGAGGCUAUGUUUUGGUAAUUUAUUUUCUUAAUAUUUUGUAGGUGUACUACUCUAUUGGUGCACUGUCAAAGAAAGUUUACGAGAACAUGUUCCUCUGGAUGGUGAUAAGAAUCAACCUUACAUUGGACACUAAGAACGCUCGUCAGCACUACAUUGGUGUGCUGGACAUUGCUGGCUUUGAGAUCUUUGAUGUGAGUGUUUGAUGUAAAUUUGAUAACAUGUCAUCUAGAACAUUACAGCUGACAAAUUAAAGCAACUGAACUUCCCUUCCAGUUCAACACCUUUGAGCAGCUGUGCAUCAACUUCACUAAUGAGAAGCUGCAGCAGUUCUUCAACCACCACAUGUUUGUGCUGGAGCAGGAAGAGUAUAAGAAAGAGGGCAUCGUCUGGGAGUUCAUUGACUUUGGCAUGGACUUGGCUGCCUGCAUUGACCUCAUUGAAAGGGUUGGUGUCUUCAGUUGUGCAGUAGUUUAUAUGAUGUGUACAGAGUCAUCUUUGAGAUUUCAAACAUUACAAGGGCAAUCUUUAUAAAUGUGCUUCAAUGACAAAUUAUUCUGAUAUUUAUUCACAAUGCUUUUCCCUUAGUAUUAAUUUAUUUUCAUUCAUUCCUUCCACUAGCCCAUGGGUAUCAUGUCCAUCCUUGAAGAGGAGUGCAUGUUCCCCAAGGCCAGUGAUAAUACAUUCAAAGCUAAGCUGUAUGACACCCAUCUGGGCAAAAAUGCAUGCUUCCAGAAGCCUAGGAUUGUUAAGGGUAGACCAGAGGCCCAUUUCUCCCUGGUUCACUAUGCUGGCAUUGUUGACUACAACAUUGGUAAUUGGCUGGUGAAGAACAAGGACCCGCUGAAUGAGACUGUGGUCGGACUGUUCCAGAAGUCAAGUCUUAAGUUCCUGGCCAACCUCUUUGUGAACUAUGCUGGUGCAGAAGGAGGUACUAUGUGUUUCUAUCUGCAAAGACUACAACAUACUAAAAUAAAUAGCAAUCCACAGUAUAUGAUAGUAGUAAUAAUAGUAUAUUUGAAUUGUUAUUUCAUUAUCAUACAGCUGCUGAAGAAAAAGCGGCUGGAGGAAAAAAGAAGAAAGGCUCUUCCUUCCAGACUGUGUCUGCAUUGCACAGGGUAAAUCUGAGCUUAAAUCAAUAUAUUUCGGAUGUUUUCACAUGGAAGAUUAUUAACAAAUGUAUUAUAUUUGCACUAAAUUUUAGAUAACAUGUGGUGGAUUGGCAUGUUAGCAUUAAAUGCCGUUAUGACUCGUGAGGUGAUUGGAAACUCAUUCACUGAUGGAAAAUUCUACAUUUGUCAUACUCACAGGAGAACUUGGGUAAACUCAUGACCAACUUGAGGUCUACUCACCCUCACUUUGUGCGUUGCAUCAUCCCCAACGAGACCAAGACUCCUGGGGCCAUGGAGAAUCCUCUGGUCAUGCACCAGCUACGCUGCAACGGUGUGCUGGAAGGCAUCAGGAUCUGCAGAAAGGGCUUCCCCAACAGGAUCCUGUAUGCUGACUUCAAACAAAGGUAAAAAUAAUUAUGUGUUUCCUUUCCAAAAUAAAUUAAACUGUUUAACUAUUCAGGCGUUCCCUUUUUUAAGAUAAUUGCUUUCUGAUUUAAAUUCAGAUACCGCAUCCUCAAUCCAAAUGCUAUCCCUGAGGGUCAGUUCAUGGACAACAUGAAGGCAGCUGAAAAACUCCUGGGCUCUCUGGACAUUGACCACACCCAGUACAGAUUAGGACACACUAAGGUAAGUUAUUUAAAUAGAUGAAAAGCAAUAAGACCUGUUGGACCAGGAUGGAAAAAUUGCAGCAAUAUUACCUAUACACCUCUAUCAGGUUAACCUGAGCAAUGCCUCUGAUAUACCACUGAUAAUGCUUACCUCAUGUCAUCUGUCUCUAGGGAAAAUGGGUCAAGUCAAGAUAAAAACUGAGUUGACAAAACAUUAAGAAUAAAUGGGUCAAGUUUUAACACCUGCUCCAGGUGAAAGCUAUGAUCCCUUAUUGAUGUCACUUGUUAAAUCCACUUCAAUCAGUGCAGAUGAAGGGGAGGAGACAGGUUAAAGGAGGUUAAGCUUUAAGACAAUUGAGACAUGGAUUGUGUAUGUGUGCCAUUCAGAGGGUUAAUGGGAAAAACAAAAAUGGAAGUGCCUUUGAACUGGAUGUGGUAGUAGGUGCCAGGCGCACUGGUUUGUUUCAAGAACUGCAACGUUGCUGGGUAUUUCAUGGUUAACAGAAUGUUCCACCACCCAAAGGAAAUCCAGCCAACUUGAUACAACUGCGUUGGAGUCAACAUAGGCCAGCAUCCUUGAGGAACGCUUUUGGCACUUUGUAGAGUCCAUGCCCCAACGAAUUGAGGCUAUUCUGAGGGCAGAAGGGGAGGUGCAAGUCAAUAUUAGGAAGGUGUUCCUAAUGUUUGGUAUACUCAGUGUAUACUUGGUAUAGUGCCACCAUGUGGUAGAUCCAGAUCUAAAGUAGCUACUUAUAAGCAAUUCAAAGCAUUGUGGCCAUACUGUUUGAGAUAGACUUUCUGUCCAUGUUUUUAAAGACCUUGCCAAAUUGUGUAGCUCUUGGUCAACAUGCUGGGACUGAAGUUCUAAAAUCAACAAAGUGGCUGUAGACCCGACUUUUCUGGACCCUUCUUCCCGAGGAUAAAAUGUCCCGAAGGUCUCUGCUCUACUCGUAGAGAACAGGCUACUCUGGCAAAUUGUGCUUGUUUAAUAAAGUUAAAUCAAAGCUGAAUCAAUGUCUGUAAGAUCACAAUGACAGUAUUGAACAUAACAGAACUGACUAUAAUAGCAUAGUAUAACGUUACUGUAAGAAAAAAAACAUUUCUUAUGAGAUUUUAGGAGGAUUGUGCAAAUGGUCGCAUUGGCCAGAACUCAUCAGCGCGCACCACUAAGCAAAAUAUGUACUUUAAUUGAAACAAAACACAGGUAUGCUACAGGUUGUUAACAUCAUCUGCUAUAAAAUAGCUCACUCUACAGAAGAUCAAAAUGCAUAUUCCCAUUUAACUGAUUAAGAUCAAAUGGUUGGCAUGCAGAUCUUGCAAAGAUGUUUCACCGGUAAUACUUGAAGAAUUAUCAUUCACAACUGACAGUGAGAAAUGUGAAGGGAGGGGGACAACAAAACUGUGUGCGUGAAGUAGGCCUGAAGGUAAAGAGAAACAGAACAUGAUACCGAUCUUUCCAGCGGGAUCCAGGGGGGCGAUACGGGGGCAGAACGGGACGGUUACCUACGGAUCCACAGCCUUGGCCCAAUAUCAUUCGCUCAUUAGAGGGCCAACUUGUGGUCAAUUUGUGUCAUUUUCGUAAAUAGGCAUGAAAUCAGAAAUCUAAACAUGACUAAGUUUUGUACAUCUAGGGGAUACCACAUUCAAGUUAUAUAUGGUCAACUGGCAUAAAAAUACAAUCCUGCCAAAUACAAGACAAUCCAAGCACCACAUUAUGAACUUGUGUAUCUUUAGGUGUUCUUCAAGGCUGGUCUCCUGGGUACCCUUGAGGAGAUGAGAGACGAUCGUCUCGCUCUAAUCAUAACUGGCCUCCAGGCCCGAUCACGUGGUCUACUUGCCAGAAUUGAGUUCCAGAAAAUUGUUGACCGCAGGUUGGAAUAAGAAUAGAUACAACUUCUGCAGACAAUAUGGUGGAGGAAGAAAAGGUUGUAUAAUAAGCUAAUUCUAUUCAAUUUCACAGGGAUGCCUUGCUUGUGAUCCAAUGGAACAUUCGUGCCUUCAUGGGCGUCAAGAAUUGGCCUUGGAUGAAGAUGUACUUCAAGAUCAAACCUCUGCUGAAGACAGCAGAGACUGAGAAGGAGAUGGCCAACAUGAAGGAAGAAUUCUUGAAGCUUAAAGAGGCGUAUGCUAAAUCUGAAGCCCGUAAAAAGGAGCUGGAAGAAAAGAUGGUGUCCCUUCUCCAAGAGAAGAAUGACCUGCAGCUCGCUGUCCAAACUGUGAGUAACUUUAACUGCACUACAGUUGUUGCAUUCACAUCCUUUGUCAAAAUGGCCUUUCCUAGAGAAAUUGAAAAACAGAGAGAGGAGAAACAUUAUUUGCUAAAUAGAUACAUACAAUCAGUGGAGCAUUUGUCGAUCAUUUGUACUGUCCAAAUAUUUUGCCACCAAACAAACUUCAUAUACUUACAAUAUAUUGACUCAUUGACAGCAAGAAGACACUAUUGGUGAUGCUGAAGAGAGAUGUGAGGGUCUGAUCAAAAGCAAAAUCCAGCUUGAGGCCAAAGCCAAAGAGCUGACAGAAAGACUGGAGGAUGAGGAGGAGAUGAAUUCUGAGCUAACUGCUAAGAAGAGGAAGCUGGAGGAUGAGUGCUCAGAACUCAAGAAGGACAUUGAUGAUCUGGAGCUCACUCUGGCUAAAGUGGAGAAGGAAAAGCAUGCUACAGAGAACAAGGUAAAAUACAUUCUCCAUUCUUGUGAUGUAAAAAUUCUAAUUAAGUGGUUUGGAUAAAAGUGUAAUGACGCUGUUCUGUUUCUGUAGGUUAAAAACCUUACUGAGGAGAUGGCAGCUCUGGACGAAAUCAUUGCCAAGCUGACCAAGGAGAAGAAGGCUCUGCAGGAGGCUCAUCAGCAAACGCUGGAUGACUUGCAAAGUGAGGAGGACAAAGUCAACACGCUGACCAAAGCCAAAGCCAAACUGGAACAGCAAGUUGAUGAUGUGAGUAUGAAAUAGGAAUUCAUAAAAAUUACAACAAAAUUAGUAAUAUCCUAAAAAUAGGCUACAGUAAAUUGCUUACUCCGAAUAUUGUUUAAUCUAUCCUUUAUCAGCUUGAAGGGUCUCUGGAGCAAGAGAAGAAAGUGAGAAUGGACCUUGAGAGAGCCAAGAGAAAGCUGGAGGGAGACUUGAAGUUGACCCAGGAGAGCCUAAUGGACCUGGAGAAUGACAAGCAGCAGCUGGAGGAGAGAAUGAAGAAGUGAGAUCACAACCCACAAAAUCGCAUGAAAAGUUAUUUUACAGACAGCGCUAAAAUGUUUGCUUUACUUAUCAGGAAGGACUUUGAGAUGAGCCAACUCAACAGCAAGAUUGAGGAUGAGCAGGCCUUGGGUGCCCAGCUUCAGAAGAAACUGAAGGAACUGCAGGUAAUUCAAGAAAAUUGUUGAAAAGCUUUACUUGUUAAAGUAAAAUUUUUAGUAGAUAAAUUGAAUUCCUACCAUUUCAGGCCCGCAUUGAGGAAUUAGAGGAAGAGCUGGAGGCUGAGAGAGCUGCCCGUGCCAAGGUGGAGAAACAGAGGGCAGACUUGGCCAGAGAACUAGAAGAGAUCAGUGAGAGGUUGGAGGAGGCUGGUGGUGCUACUGCUGCCCAGAUUGAGAUGAACAAGAAGAGGGAGGCUGAGUUCCAGAAGGUGCGCAGAGACCUUGAAGAAGCUACUCUGCAGCAUGAGGCUACAGCUGCAACUCUGAGGAAGAAAAAUGCUGACAGUGUAGCUGACCUGGGAGAGCAGAUUGACAACCUUCAGAGAGUGAAGCAGAAGCUGGAGAAAGAGAAGAGUGAGCUCAGGCUGGAGCUGGAUGAUGUGGUCUCCAACAUGGAGCAGAUUGUCAAGGCUAAGGUCAGUGGAUUCAUAAUGACAAAAUACAGAUCAGAGAGAUAUAGCAAAUGGAACUGUACAUGCUCUUAGGUUAGUAGACAGAAUAUAUGACGGUUGUGCUGUGUUAUCUAAAAAACAAAUGUUUUCAGACAAACUUGGAGAAAAUGUGCCGCACUCUAGAGGACCAGAUGAGUGAAUACAGGACGAAAGCUGAGGAAGGACAGCGUUCCAUCAAUGAUUUCACCAUGCAGAAAGCAAAGCUUCAAACUGAGAAUGGUAUAUUAACUAAAAACCUGGACAUUGAUAUGAACAGACAAAAUUAAUAACCACAAUUAGUAAUACAAUUUAAAAUAAUUACAAUUGCAUGAAAACAGGUGAACUUGCCAGACAAUUGGAGGAGAAGGAUUCUCUGGUCUCCCAACUGACCAGAGGUAAGCAGUCCAACGUUCAGCAGAUUGAAGACCUCAAGAGACAAUUGGAGGAGGAAGUCAAGGUAUUUAGACAAAUAAUGCAGUGGCCCUUAUCUAACUACAUUCAUCCUCAGGCAUAAUUACAGAUCCUUUUUUACAUUUCCUUACCAGGCAAAGAACGCACUUGCCCAUGCAGUGCAGUCUGCUCGCCAUGACUCAGAUCUGCUGAGGGAGCAGUAUGAGGAGGAGCAGGAGGCCAAGGCUGAGCUGCAGCGUGGCAUGUCCAAGGCUAAUGCUGAGGUGGCUCAGUGGAGAACCAAGUAUGAAACUGAUGCCAUCCAGAAGACUGAAGAGCUUGAGGACGCAAAGUAAGGAAGUUUUCUUACUUUCUCUUACUUUUCAGGCUAUUGAACCUUGGCUGAUAGGGCGAUACACAAAUGUACAUGAUGAAUAAAUAAUACAUUGAUUACCUGUUAAACAACCAUUAUACUUUAUUUCAGACAGAAAAAAGGUAGCUGUUCUGAAAUGUGUUUCUCAUCUAUGCCAAUCUAGGAAGAAGCUGGCUCAGCGUCUGCAGGAUGCAGAGGAAGCUGUGGAAGCUGUUAAUGCUAAAUGUUCAUCCCUGGAAAAGACUAAACACAGACUCCAGAAUGAGAUUGAAGAUCUCAUGGUGGAUGUGGAGAGAUCCAAUGCAGCUGCUGCCUCUCUGGACAAGAAGCAAAGGAACUUUGACAAGGUAAGAAAAUAAGUCCUAUUAGCCUUAAUUAUAGUACAUGAUAUGGGUGGCAGGUAGACUAGUGGUUAGAGAAGUGGGCCAACACCCUCAGACGGGAAAACCUGGUGAGGAGUUAGCCGGCAACCAGAGUGUUGCUGGCAUCGUCCUACAUCCUACAUAGCCUUCGUUGUGCCCUUGAGCAAGGUACUUAACCACCAAUAAUUGCUCCAGGGGCCCUGCACUGCGGCUGACCCAUUGCUUCCAGCCCCUGUGUGUCUCGGGGGGUUGGGUUGUGAGCAUAAAGACACAUUUCUGUUCUUUGUAAGUUAUUGGACAAUAAAGUACAUCUUAUCUUAAUCAUACACUGUAUUCCAACUACCUAAAAUACCUGUAUGAUUUUCAGGUUCUGGCUGAGUGGAAGCAGAAGUUUGAGGAGUCUCAGACUGAGUUGGAGAGCUCCCAGAAAGAGGCCAGAUCUCUCAGCACUGAGCUCUUCAAACUCAAGAACUCUUAUGAGGAGUCUCUGGAUCAUCUGGAGACCCUGAAGAGGGAGAACAAGAACCUCCAAGGUCAGAGCAUAAGAAUCAUUGGUUUAUAUAGCUUAGUCAAUUAAAGAUCGAUAUGAUAUAGAGAUCAGUUUUCACAGAAAAUGUUUGAUGUUCAAUUAUAUUUUUCCACAGAGGAAAUUUCUGACCUGACUGAGCAGCUUGGUGAGGGGGGAAAGAGCAUCCAUGAACUGGAAAAGAUCCGUAAACAGCUGGAGCAGGAGAAGGCUGAGAUACAGUCUGCUCUAGAGGAAGCUGAGGUGAGACUGGAAAAUAUUUACUCAUAGUGAAAGUACCAGAAUUUAAUUUUAAGAUUUUACAAACUAUGGGUGGCUGUGUUCUCAUAGGGCUCCCUGGAGCAUGAGGAGGGCAAGAUCAUGAGAGCUCAGCUGGAGUUUAAUCAGGUGAAAGCUGACAUUGAACGGAAGAUGGUGGAGAAGGAUGAGGAAAUGGAGAUGAAUAAGAGGAACCAGCAGAGAGUUGUGGAUACCCUGCAAAGCUCCCUGGAGUCAGAGACUCGCAGCAGGAAUGAAGCUCUCAGGCUGAAGAAGAAGAUGGAGGGAGAUCUCAAUGAGAUGGAGAUCCAGCUCAGCCAGGCCAACAGGCAGGCAUCCGAGGCCCAGAAGCAACUUAAGGGUCUCCAUUCCCAUCUGAAGGUAAUAUUUCCACACCAUUGAAUUAAAAACAUUGCAUUUGCCUUCAAAAAAAGCCACACUGUGUAACAAUAAAAUAAAUAUAGUAAAAUUCUCUCUACAGGAUUCUCAACUGCAGCUGGAUGAUGCUCUUCGUGUCAGUGAUGACUUGAAGGAGAACAUUGCCAUUGUGGAGAGACGCAACAACCUGAUGCAGGCUGAACUGGAUGAGCUGAGAGCCCUGGUGGAGCAGACUGAGAGAGGCCGCAAACUGGCUGAGCAGGAACUGCUGGAUGUUAGUGAGAGAGUUCAGCUGCUGCACUCACAGGUAAGACAGUAAUAGAUAACAAUUAGGGAUCUCCUUAAAUAUCUGCUACUUGAGGUAUGUAGAGGUAAUAUACAAAUAACGUUUCAUAUAUAUGUAGAACACCAGCUUACUGAGCCAGAAGAAGAAGCUAGAGGGCGACACAUCCCAACUUCAGAAUGAAGUGGAGGAGGCUGUGCAGGAGUGCAGAAAUGCUGAGGAAAAGGCCAAGAAGGCCAUUACUGAUGCUGCCAUGAUGGCAGAGGAGCUGAAGAAGGAGCAGGACACCAGUGCUCACCUGGAGCGCAUGAAAAAGAACAUGGAGCAGACUAUCAAGGACCUGCAGCACCGCCUGGAUGAAGCUGAACAAAUCGCCAUGAAGGGUGGCAAGAAGCAGAUCCAGAAGCUGGAGGCCAGAGUAAGUGUCUAAGCUACAUUCCUUUCUAUUAAUUCAAUGUCACAUUUCAUAUUUCUAGACAUAUUUCUAUCUUCAAUAUUGAAAGUAGUGGUAACUAACAAAAUAAUUGGAAAUGGUGUGUUAACGUUGAUCAUAUCUUUCUAGGUGAGAGAGCUAGAGAGUGAAGUGGAAAUGGAGCAAAGGAGGAGCAGUGAUUCUGUGAAAGGAGUCCGUAAAUAUGAGAGACGCAUCAAGGAGCUCACAUACCAGGUACAUCAUAAACUUUAAGUUGAAAGUGCACUAUUAACAUUGUCGUAUAUGAUGAAUGGUGGUAAUAUUGCUGAUGAACAAAAAGUCCGUUAUGCUGCAUCGUGUCAGAAGUUUUUAUUCAUACCACGAGGUUACAGCAUAAAUUCACAGACACGCGUUGCCUGGAGAACGCCUCCCAGAUUGUUAUGGUCGUUCUGUCGUCUCAUCGUUUAACUCCUAUUUAUAAACAAUGCAAAGGGAGGGCCUACUCCCUCUUCUGGCCAAUCACCAGUCUCCCCUCGGGCGUCACCCUCCAAGCGGCACAUUUCAAAUAACAUCAUAAAACAUCCCCCCUUUGGCCUGAACAACCAACAUUCCAUUUCGUCAUGAAAAACAUUUAACAAAGGCAUAAUCUUCAGAUACGAUAACAUGUUCAGAAUCAAAUGUAACAUUUAUAUUGUAUUCAGUAUGACUCUAUUUAUUACAUUAUUUUUGGGUGCAGACUGAGGAAGACCGUAAGAAUUUGAGCCGUCUGCAGGACCUGGUGGACAAACUGCAGCUGAAGGUCAAAUCCUACAAGAGAACUUCAGAGGAGGCCGUAAGUAGAAAACCUUCCAUCAUCCAACUGAUGCAUUUGUAAUUCUCAAAUUGUUGUGUUUGCUAGAAACUUAAAUCAUAUUUAACAUUUUUCACAGGAGGAACAAGCCAAUGCCAAUUUGGGCAAGUUCCGUAAGAUUCAGCAUGAACUGGAUGAGGCAGAAGAGAGGGCUGAUAUUGCUGAGUCUCAGGUCAACAAGAUGAGAGCCAAGAGUCGUGAUGCCGGCUCCAAGGUCAGUGAAUUUGCUGUCAAUGUACAGUGUUGUAAUGGUUGUAAUUUUGCAGCUUCCCAUGGCAAAAGCCUCAACCUUAAAUAGUUUUAAAGUCUGGUAUCUGGGACUCUGUUUAAUGGUCAUUUCAAUUCUCGAUAUUCACCCAUGUAUUCCUGAAGAAAAUAAGUAAUAAAUGCAUAAUUUGUUACCAAGUAACUAUACAUACCUGUUGAAGUUCCCCAUUGUAAAAUUUCAACCAGAGUACACAGUAUAAAAUGUUUUACAGUACACAGUAACAUUUUAAUCUUCUCAUAAUCCAUCCAUCCUCUCUGUCACAGAAGGGAAAGGAUGAGGAGUGA